AUGGCCCAAUACUAUCCCCAACAACAAGGAGGCUACCCCCCCCAGUCCUCCGCACAGCAGAAUCUCCAGUUCUUUCCCUCGUCCUACUCCUCCGUGUCCGGCCACACAACUCCCAACCAAGCAUCCUACGGGGCUGGCGGCUUUGGAGGUGCGCCCAAUCCCUCCUCGCAGGCUUACCCUGGUGCCGGUGCUGGCUAUGGCGGCUUUGGAACCCCCGCUGCUGGCGUGAGUGGCCGCAUGGGUGAGCAGGGCGGCUUGAGGACGGGUUGGUUGGCUGCUUUUGGCACAGAGGGGUAUGAAGGUGAACCGCCGCUGUUGGAGGAACUGGGAGUUAAUUUUGAGCACAUCCGGACAAAGACCCUAACAGUGCUAAACCCCUUCGCCUCAAUCGACAACCACCUAAUGGACGACAGCGAUCUCUACGGCGCCCUGCUCUACAUCCUACUCUACGGCACCUUCCUUCUGCUCUCCGGCAAAGUGUUUUAUGGAUACAUCUACGGAGUGGCCGUCUUCGGUACCGUCGCCCUUCACCUAAUCCUGAGUCUGAUGUCUCCUGCCCUUGACACAACCCCCAACCCCAACGCCGCCGACCCAGCAGCCAACUACAACCCGCACCACAAGCCGUCCAUGUCCGGGCCCGUGGGCCACUUCUCUGCGACGUUGACGUUCCCUCGCUCGGCGAGUGUGCUGGGGUACUGUUUUUUGCCGCUUGUCCUGACGGCUCUUGUGGGCAUUCUUAUUCCUAUGGAUACCAUGUUCGGAUACCUUUUGACGACUGCUGCGGUUGGGUGGUGCACAUAUAGUUCAUCCGGGAUGUUCUGCGCCGUGGCGCGGAUGAGUGGGAUGAGAGGGCUUGUUGCGUAUCCGCUUGCGCUGUUCUACGUUGUUUUUGGGAUUAUGGGCAUCUUUUCUUCGCGCGGGACGGGGACGCUGGCCGCGAAGACGGGUGCUGCGUGA